UUGUCCACUGCUGGAGGCAGGCUUGUUAUCUGCAGUGAUGGUGUUUGGGAUUCUCUACCUGUAGAAGCAGCCCUUGAUUGUUGUCGUGGAAUGUCACCGGAGGCUGCUGCACCGCAUAUUGUUAAGGAAGCUGUACAAGCAAAGGGACUUAGAGAUGAUACAACCUGCAUCGUUGUUGAUAUAUUACAUCAGGAGAAGCCACCUGUUUCUGCACCACAAACAAAAAAGCCAGUAAAGGGAAUGCUCAAGUCCAUGUUUCGUAAAAAGUCUUCUGAAUCAUCUUCUAAUAACGACAAAGAGUACAUUGAGCCAGAUGUGGUAGAGGAAUUGUAUGAGGAAGGAUCUGCCAUGCUUUCAGAGAGGUUCGAUACUAAAUAUCCAGUCUGCAACAUGUUUAAGUUGUUUAUGUGUGCAGUAUGUCAAGUAGAGAUAAAACCUGGUGAGGGCAUUUCAAUACACGAGGGGGCACCCAACUCUCAAAAAUUUCGUCCCUGGGAUGGACCUUUCCUAUGCUCAAGUUGCCAAGAGAAGAAAGAAGCCAUGGAAGGGAAAAGAUCAGCAGGUAGAAUCAGCAGUGGAAGUGACGAAUGA